AGAAGAAGAAGAAGACGAAGAAGAAGAAGAAGAAGCAGAAGAAGAAGAAGAAGAAGACGAAGAAGAAGAAGAAGAAGAAGAAGAAGAAGAAGAAGCAGAAGACGAAGAAGAAGAAGACGAGAUCGGAGCGGAGUGGUUGAUCGCUGCACGCGCCAGUGCCGCGUAGAGUUCCGUCCACGCAGCUUCACCGAACGAGAUUCAUCUCGUGGGGCCUGAACACGUCUUGUACCUGCUGCAAUCUGCACGAUCGCGGCAUAUUUAAAAAGAAAGAAAACAAUAAGAAUUUUCAAAAUUACUCGAUAUUCAACAACGUAACCACCCUAAUAAAAUUAAUCACUCGGUAUUAUAAUGUCCUUUGAUGGAUAUAAUUUUUUCUUCAUAAAAGAAAGUGCAGAAUGAUGUUAAUUGUUUGAUUGAUUAAUCAAGUGCGGUAUAAGAGGAGAUUCCACGAUACAUGAUCGAAAAUUUUUUUUUUUUUUUUUUCCAAUUACUAAAUUUAUUUAUUAAUGUACGUGAACAUUGAAAUUAAAAGGUAAACGGGAGUUUUUAAUGACUUGGAAAAUUUGAUGUGAAUUAAAUAAUAUUCAAAAGCAUAAAAGUGGACUUUACAGCACAGUAUUGUUGUGCAAAGGAACGAGAACAUCGGAUGAAAUAAUAACGGAAAAGUAAAAGGAUUCAAUCUGAAAAUAUCAAAACGAAACACCCAUAGAAGAGGAAUUCUUCGAGGCUUCGCAGAGGAUGUCGGCGUUCCCCCUGUCCCUCGUCGCCGUCGUCCUUGUCGUCCUGGUAACUCCUGUACGGCAAGAUCCGCUGCAGGGUAAUAAUCGACAACAAAUAACCGCGAUCGGUCCCGGUCAGGAUCUCGACAACGCUUUGCAGCCCGUCGCUCCUCUUGGGCCCAACGUCUGCAGGACGAGAUACAAGAAUUACUGCUGUCCGGGGUGGACGAAAAAGGCGGACUCAGGCCUGUGCGUUGUUCCCGUUUGCUCGAGGCGAUGUGGGAACCAAGGAAGAUGCAUACAGCCGAAUAUUUGCAUGUGCGAAAGUGGAGCCGUUGCUUCGGUCUGCAAUCAUGGAAAUGGGCACCACAAAGGUACGCACAUUAGCUUUGAAAAUCAAAGCACCGACCACCGCGGAGAGGCUGCCGGCGCUUCCUGCAGAGCGCAAUGCAUUCACGGGAAAUGUGUCGACGGACGUUGCCAAUGCAGAACGGGAUACCAGGGAGAAUUUUGUAACGAACCGAUCUGCAGAGAACCGUGUCUCAAUCAGGGAAGAUGUAUCGGGCCCGACCGGUGCGCCUGUAUUUACGGAUACACCGGAAGAAGGUGCGAAACCGAUUACAGAACCGGUCCGUGCUACACAAAAGUUAGGAACGGACAAUGCUUGGCCAGUCUUCAAGGGGUCGUUUGUACGAGACAACUUUGUUGCGCUACCGUUGGAAAGGGGUGGGGACACCCUUGCGAAAGAUGCCCACCCAGACUCGACUGCGAACCGGGAUUUCUGAAAACUAAUCAGGGAAAAUGCGUCGACAUCGACGAGUGCGAAGCCAUACCCGGUCUGUGCGAGGGUGGAAAAUGUCUGAACACCGUAGGAUCGUUCACCUGCGAGUGUCCCGAGGGACAAGCUCGCGAUCCUGAUACCAACGUCUGCAAGGACAGGGACGAGUGUCUCGACGAAGGAGUUUGUCUCGACGGACGUUGCGUUAAUACCGAAGGCGGAUUUUACUGCCUGUGCGAUCCGGGUUUCAUUCAGAGCCAAGACAGGCGUUAUUGUAUCGACGGUCGCCAGGGCCUUUGCUUUACGGCGGUCAACAGAAACGGAGCUUGUAAAAAUCGACUCGCAAUGAGGUUGAGCAAAAAGGAUUGCUGCUGCGGCAAAAACAUGGGAAGAGGUUGGGGAGAUUAUUGCUACAAAUGUCCGCCCCCGGGAAGUGCGGAACACAAGAGACUCUGCCUCGAAUCCAUCAACUACGUGGCACAGAUCAACGAGUGCACCCUGAGGCCCGACAUAUGCGGUCAGGGUAGGUGCGUCGACACUCAGGAGGGAUACGAAUGCCAUUGUUAUUCCGGAUACGAGAAAAAGAACGGACGAUGCGAAGACGUCGACGAGUGUUCGCUCGGCAGCUGCAAAGGGGGAAUCUGUCGAAACUUACCCGGUAAAUUCGAAUGUCAGUGUCCACCCGGUUUGGUGGCCUCCGAAGACGGACAGUACUGCACGGAUCACGCGGCGCAUAUAACCGGAGCUUGCGACAACGGACAUUGGGUGAGCGCGAACGUCGGUCGCAAGUGCGAAUGCAACGAAGGAUACGUCGUAUCGCCCGAAACGCACACGUGCGUCGACAUCGACGAGUGUUCCGAAAAUCCUCGCAUUUGCCUGAACGGACGUUGCGAGAACGCACCGGGUUCUUAUCACUGCGUGUGCCAGCCGGGUUUCACCGCUUCGCGAGACGAUACAUUUUGCGUGGACACCGACGAAUGCGUUACGGGGAUGUGCGACAACGGGAAAUGCAUCAACAUGGAGGGAUCGUUCAAGUGCGUCUGCGAUCCGGGAUUCAGAUUGGGACCGGAUCACAAGCAUUGCAUCGAUAUCGACGAGUGCCAGAGCUCUCCCUGCCACAACGGAAGAUGCGUCAACAACCAGGGUAGUUUCAGGUGCGAAUGUCACGCCGGUUUCAAUUUAGGUCCAGACGGAAGAUCCUGUCUCGACACCAGGAGCGAUUUGUGUUACUCGCAGUACCGGGACGGGCAAUGUUCCAAUCCGUCGUCGACGGCGGUGACGAGGUCAAGUUGUUGUUGCUGCACCGUUGUCCUCGGUCAGCCUUUGGCCUGGGGAAGCAAUUGCCAGCCCUGCCCGGCACCGAACACACCGGAAUUCGACGCGUUGUGUCCCCACGGACCGGGAAUGACGUACAACGGAGACGACAUCAACGAGUGCGCGCAGAAUCCGAAUAUCUGCGUGAACGGCGGAUGCGAAAAUCUCAUGGGAACGCACAGGUGCAUUUGCGAUACCGGAUACGAAGUGGACGCGGCCGGUAAAUUGUGCACGGAUAUAAACGAGUGCGCCCUGGAGGAGAAUCUGUGCAGCGGUGGACAGUGCAAAAAUACACCCGGAAGUUUUCAGUGCAUCUGUCCGACCGGAACUCGGCUGAACGCCAUCAAUCAGAUGUGCGAGGACGUGGACGAGUGUCAGGAUCUGGGGCCGGACGCCUGUUUCAACGGCGUUUGCAUCAACAACCAGGGAUCUUACGAAUGCGAAUGCGAGCCCGGUUAUAUUUUGGACAACACCGGACACAUCUGCAUAGACAACAGAAAGGGUUCCUGCUGGACGAAAGUGGUUCACGGUCGUUGCGAGAACAAUCUUCCUCGUCUCGCUCUGAAGUCCGAAUGUUGCUGUUCGGUCGGUCUCGCCUGGGGAAGUCCCUGCGAAGAAUGCGAUCGUUCGUUGUGCGAGUGUUCCAUAGGGUACGCGAAGGUCGACGGAAAAUCGUGCGCCGACGUCAACGAGUGCGAGUUGAACUCCGGUAUCUGCAAGGGCGGUGGAAUUUGCGUGAACACCGAGGGUUCGUACAGAUGCGAAUGUCCGCCCGGACUCACUCUGGACGCUACACACACCACCUGCAUCGAUACCAGGAAAGAAACCUGCUACACCGAAUUCAGACACGGCGAAUGUUCGAACGCCGUCGAGGGCCGGUUCUCUCGCACCCUCUGCUGCUGCUCCAUCGGAAGGGGAUGGGGUGACGACGCGUGCGAAGCCUGUCCGAAGCCGGGCUCGCAAGCGAGGGCCGAACUCUGCCCCAAAGGUAACGGGAUCACCGACAGAAAGGACAUCAACGAGUGUACGGAGUUCCCUAACAUGUGCUUGAACGGAAGGUGCAAAAAUACGAUAGGAAGUUACAGCUGCAGGUGCAAUCAGGGAUACGCGCUCGACGAGAACGGGAUAAAAUGCUUAGACAUCGACGAGUGCGGCAUCAUGCACGGUGUGUGCGGUAACGGCACGUGCAGAAAUACACCGGGAAAUUUCCAGUGCGAUUGUAAUUCCGGAUACCAGAGUAGCGAGAUAAUGAAGAUUUGCAUGGACAUCGACGAGUGCGAAAAUUCGCCGGGGUUAUGCCGCGGAGGUAGUUGCGUGAAUACGGAGGGUAGUUUCAAAUGCGUCUGCCCACCGGGACACGAACUCGGUCCCGACAAAGAAUCCUGCAAGGAUAUAGACGAAUGUUCGAGGACCAGCGGCAUCUGCUCCAACGGUGUUUGCGAGAAUAUGAUGGGGACUUAUCAGUGCGUUUGCGACGAGGGUUACAAACAGACCGGGCUGAAGUCCCACUGCGAGGAUAUCGACGAGUGUUCGUUGACGAACGGAGGAUGCGAAGACGUCUGUUUGAACACGCCCGGCAGUUUUUCCUGCUCUUGCAGCAACGGCUUCGCUCUGAAUCUCGACGGUCGUUCCUGCACCGAUGUCGACGAGUGUAAAGAAAACCCGAGGAUUUGCAACGGCGGUAAAUGCACCAACACGAUCGGAAGUUACGUAUGCACGUGCACCGACGGAUUGCUGCCAGGAAAAGACAGGACAUCCUGCAUAGACGUUGACGAGUGCGUCACACAUCCGCACAUAUGCGGUUACGGUCAAUGCGAUAACACCAUCGGUUCCUACAACUGUCGCUGCGAGGACGGAUUCUCGGUGAAACCGGACGACAAGGGCGCCGGUUGCACCGACGACGACGAGUGCAUGCUGGACGCUUACACCUGCAGCGAGUUCGCCGAUUGUCGCAACACUCAGGGUUCGUACGCUUGCACUUGUCAGGAAGGAUUCGCAGGAAAUGGAAUCGAAUGCAGAGACAUCAACGAAUGUCUGACCAACAACGGCGGAUGCGAUGCCAACGCUCAGUGCAUAAACACCGAGGGAUCGUUCAAGUGCGUCUGCGACGCUGGAUUCAGGGGCGACGGUUACUCCUGCAAAGACAUAGACGAAUGCUCGAACGAUCCGACGCUUUGCGAAAAUGGUCAUUGCCUAAAUUACCCGGGCUCUUUCCGUUGCGAGUGUGAAAUGGGUUUCAUGCAUCCCGACGAAAACAAUGAACAAGCUUGCAUUGAUAUCGACGAGUGCGUGUUGUUCACCAAUUUAUGCGUAUUCGGAAGAUGUGAAAAUAUAUUCGGUAUGUUCCGCUGCGACUGCGACGACGGUUACAAACUUGACGGAUCUGGGGGCAAUUGUACGGACAUAGACGAGUGCGAUAGCCCGCAAUCUUGCCAAUACGGAACUUGCAUAAAUACCGAGGGAAAAUACCUCUGCGAAUGUCCACCCAAUCACGAACUGGUCGAAGCUGGAAACGCCUGCGUUGAUAACAGAGCUUCCGCCUGUUUCACGGGUUACGAAUUCAACGGCGGAAGACCCCAGUGCGUAUUCGACAUGUCGAGCGCCGUUACAAAGGCUACAUGUUGCUGCAGCGUUGGGUCGGCUUGGGGGAGUCGUUGCGAAACUUGCCCCGCUCCGGGAACCGACGAAUACGACGCUCUUUGCCCUGGCGGGCCGGGAUACAGGCCGAACAGCAUCACGGUCGUUUUAGAAGACAUAAACGAGUGCGAGGAACACGAUAAUAUUUGCCAGAACGGUCACUGCACCAACACAUUUGGCAGCUUCAUGUGCUCUUGCAGCGAGGGAUUCGAACUAGACGAUACGAAAACCAGCUGCGUCGACGUUGACGAAUGUGCGCUUCAUCCGACAAUUUGCGGGGUAGGACGUUGCAUCAACGACCAGGGAAAAUAUCACUGCGAAUGCCCCGAUGGUUAUCAAACGAUGCCUGGAGGAAAGGAGUGCGUGGACAUGAGGAGAGACUUUUGUUACAUGACCUACGAACCCGGCAGGUGCGAAAAUCCCAUGCAACAACCGCAAACGCGAAUGUUGUGCUGUUGCUCGAUGGGAGCGGCUUGGGGAAGGCCGUGCGAAAAAUGCCCGCGCGAAAGAAGCCGCGAGCACGAGAUCCUUUGCGGAAUGGUGCCGGGGCAGAUAAAAAAUCCGAUAACCAACAGCUCGGAGGAGAUAAACGAAUGUAUUUUGAUGCCGACUAUGUGCUCCCACGGUCGCUGUAUAAACACCCCCGGUAGUUUCGAGUGCCAAUGUGACCAAGGUUACGUUUACAACGAGGAGUCCCACCAGUGCGUCGACGAAAACGAAUGUCAACAAAUACCGAAUCCCUGCUCCGGUAACGCUCAGUGCAUCAACCAGCAGGGAUAUUUCGAAUGCCGUUGUCCGGCUGGUUACAAACUCGGUCCCGAUCAGAGACACUGCGUCGACAUCGACGAAUGCUACGAAAGGCCCGGCAUCUGCGCCAACGGUAUCUGCAACAACCUCCAAGGUAGUUUUCAGUGCGUUUGCAAUCAAGGAUUCCAUCUGACGAGAGACAGGGAUUCGUGCGUCGACGUCGACGAGUGUCAAAGAAAUCCCAACGUCUGCAACAAUGGAACUUGCAUCAACACCGUGGGGACUUACAAGUGCUUCUGUUACGAAGGAUUCAAGCUCAGUGCCAACCACGACUGCGUCGACAUCGACGAGUGCAGAAUUAUGCCGUUCCUGUGUCGGAACGGGAGGUGCAGGAAUACCAUCGGGUCUUUCAAUUGCGAGUGUGCCGACGGUUACGUACUUGCCCAGGAUCGUCAGCAUUGCCGAGAUAUCGACGAGUGUCAGGAGGUAUCCGGUUUAUGUCCCGCUCCGGGGAAGUGCCAAAACUUGAUGGGUUCUUACAUCUGCACCUGUCCUCAGGGAUACGAACUUGACCACACCAAGAAGAGAUGUCUAGACGUCGACGAAUGUUCGGAAAGCGAAGAUUUCUGCGAGAACGGUAGAUGCAUAAACACGGAGGGUGCCGUGAUAUGCGAGUGUCCCGUUGGCUACAAAUUGAGCCAGAAAAUCGACUCGGUGAAAUGCGUGGACAUCAGGGAGGAACAAUGCUACGAUAAUUAUAGAAGAGGACAAUGUCUCGCUCCCAGAGCGGGAGGAAUAACGAGAAAACAUUGCUGUUGUACGAUGGGAAUGGCCUGGGGUCGAUACUGCGAACAAUGCCCUGCGGAAGGAAGCGAGGAGUUUUCGAAACUCUGUCCCGAGGGUGUCGGCCGCGAUGACCAUGGCGUUGACCUUAACGAAUGUCUCUUCAUGCCCGACGCCUGUGUCGGGGGAGAAUGCAUAAACACGGACGGUUCGUUCCGGUGCGAGUGCGCUCCAGGUUACGUCCUUGAUUCCACCGGGAGGAAAUGCGUCGACGACAACGAAUGUCUCAAUGUUCAAAAUAUCUGCGGCAACGGGACUUGCUCGAACGUCGACGGCGGUUUCGAGUGUUCGUGUAACGAAGGAUUCACGCCGGGUCCUAAUCAGGUAUGCGAGGACAUAAACGAGUGCCAGGAACUCGGCACUCAGUGCGCAUUCAGGUGUCACAAUGUCCCGGGAUCCUUCAGAUGCAUUUGCCCCUACGGAUACGCGUUGGCUACCGACGGUCGUCACUGCAUUGACGUCGACGAGUGCACGACCCCGGCGAACAAGUGUAAGUUCCAGUGCAAGAAUCUCAUCGGAACUUUUAUGUGUAUUUGUCCGUCCGGAUAUCAGCAAAUCGGUAUCGGCGACGAGUGCAAAGACAUCAACGAGUGUUCCAUUAAUUCUGGACUGUGCAGACACGGCGUGUGUCGAAAUACCGACGGUGGUUAUCGCUGCGACUGUUACGAAGGAUUUGAAACGAGCCAGGACGGAAAAUCCUGCAUUGAUCGGAGGCAGGGCUUCUGCUUCCAACAAACAAUCGGCGGUCGUUGUACGACUCGUAAUUUUGGUCAGCCGAAAGUAACUAAAGCAGAUUGCUGCUGUACAAUGGGAGCGGCAUGGGGUUCUCACUGUGAAAUAUGCCCACACCGUGAAUCCGAGGAUUACAAAGAGCUCUGCCUCGAAAAGGGCUACUCGGUAGACGGUCAAGACAUCGACGAGUGCAAAACUAUCCCAGAUUUGUGCAGAAACGGCAUGUGCAUCAACACCCUGGGUUCCUACAGAUGCAUUUGUAACAAGGGAUACAAGCCCGACAAAUCCGGGACUCACUGUAUAGAUAUAAACGAGUGCGAACUAAGCGUGAAACCGUGCAAAUACAACUGCCAGAAUACAGACGGAGGUUUUAUCUGCUCCUGUCCAGUUGGAUUCAUCUUGAAUCCCGACGGUGUGAAUUGUCGCGACCUUGACGAAUGCGCCACCGGAAAUCACCUCUGUCAACAAGAAUGCAUAAAUACGCAAGGAAGUUACGCAUGUGGCUGUAGAGAGGGUUACACUCAGCACGGAGACAAUUGCCUUGACAUCGACGAGUGCAUCGACAUACCUGGCACCUGUCCCAAACCCGGCACCUGCUUAAAUACUUUAGGAAGUUUCAGAUGCGUAUGCCCCAGAGGUUUCAAACUCGAUCAAACCGGCACUUUCUGCACCGACACCAACGAAUGUUCCGACGAUUCCAGUUGCGAACACGGUUGUCAGAAUCUGAUGGGCAGUUAUCGAUGCGGAUGUCCCGACGGUUUCGUUCAGCAUCUCUAUUACAAUCAAUGCAUCGACGAAAACGAAUGCAAUAGUUCUCCUUGCGGUGGCAACACCUGCAUAAAUACAAUGGGUAGUUACCGUUGCGGUUGUCCCGACGGUUACCAGUUCGACAAUAAUAUGCAAAUAUGCGUUCAGGUCAGCGCCGGUUGCACCGGAAGUCCCUGUUCCUUUGGCUGCACUCCGAACGGAGUUAACGGAUUCACCUGCGGUUGCCCGACGGGUUACCAAAAAAUUGGACAGGGACACUGUCUCUCCACGAUAAAUCCGCUCGCUCAGAGUUCCGGUUACGGCGAUGACAUAGGAAACGUUCCAACGUAUCCGAUAAAUCCCGAUCCAUAUCACAUUCCACCGGCCGACGACAAGAUCAUAUCGACGGAAGGAUGUUUCUCCUGCAAGUUGAAUGGGCACGGGGGUGGGGGAGGAAGACAGAGAAGAGGGGCUAGAGGAAGAUCAUCGACGAUCAAUCGGCAGAACGGAACAGCCGAAAUGAGGGAAUUGAUAACGAAAAUCGGAGCUAGUAAACUGUUAGGGAAGAAACACGGAUCUCGCAAAGUGAAACGACAUCAUCACGGGGAGGAACACGUUCUUAAAAUCAGUCUGCAACAGACCAAACACCGUAUGAGGAUAAUAAAACUCCAACCUGCCGUCAAGCACAAGGACAUCGAGUACACGGUAGUUCGUGGCAACGAUAACAAUUUGUUUGAAAUGGUAAAGAAACACGGCGUAUGGGCGUUACAUUUCAGAAGACGUAUGAAAACUAGUGGUAAAUUUAUGGUAGAAAUUCACGGUCGUCCCUCGACAAAUUCAUCAUCGAUUAAUGACAAUGACAACAAUAAUAAUUCCAACGCGGAGAACGAGGUAUGGGAAAAACCUCUUACCUUUAGGGUACACCUUAUAGUCACCAAGUAGUAGUCCUAUAUUAGUUAAAUAUAUUAUGAAAUACAGAAAUACAUACCGUUAUACAUGCAGUUAUCACGAUACAUGAAAUACGAUUCAAUUUUACGUCUGCUUACAUGCAUAAAAAGUGAAAGAACUAAAAAAAUAUGUACAAUGCCUGAACGGUUGCAGUUCGAAUGAUCGUCACUCCGAAUCGGUAGGUCCAAUCAAAUUUGAUGGAUAAAUUCUAUUUAUAUACUUGACAAUCAGAUCCCAUAUAUUUUAUACAAGUUACACUACACACUGCCAUUUAUUGUAGUUUAUUUUAUGUCCACGUUCAUUUUAUUCGAACUGCAGCAGCUGUUUACUGAAAAAAAAAAGAUGUAAGAAAGAAGCAAUCUAAUUUUAUGAUUUUACGUAAGACAUCUUGUGAAUAAGUAAAAUUUGAAAUAGAAUUUACGCAGAGGAAUAAAACAAACUAAAAGUGAAAAAAAGCAAUGAAUCGUACGAUAUUUAAAUUAUGCGAAUUUUUAUUGAUAUUAAUUUUAUUUAUAUGAAUAUAUAAAUGAAUAUAACUGACACAUGUACGACAAUAUGUAUAUAAUUUAAUAUAUGUAUAUGUAUACACAUUCAUAUUAUCCUGCACUAUACUAUAAUAUAUUAUUAUAAUAUGACAUAGAAAUUGUUUUCAGUCGGUUUUAUUAUUUAAUAACAUUAUUAUAAAGUAAUUUAGUAGAUCAUAAUUGCCAUACACACCUAUAUAUAAUGAUAAUAAUAAUAAUAUAUACAUUAUAUAUAUAUAUAAAAUACGAUUUUUAAGCUGCCACAAUAAUUUAUGCCGUACAUAAUAUUAUUAUUAAUAAUUAAGUGCUUUUAUUAACAAAUUCUUACAUAGAUUAUAGACAAAUAAUACACGAUUACGUAUAAAAACACCCGCAUAAUAAUAAUAAUAAUAACAACAACAGCAACAACAAUAAUAUUAAUAAUGAUAACAAUAAUGAUAAUAAUAUCAUGUGAUAUACGAAUUAUAUAAAUAUUAUAUAUUCAUAUACAUGUAUGUACGCAAAUACGAGCGGGAAAAGAAACAAUAUUAUAAUCUCAUCCAUGCAAUAGAUAAUGAAGAAAAAAAAAAUAAAAGGUCGCAACAGAUGCCUAGAAAACUUAA